CAUGUCUGUUAAAUAGAAAUGAAAAUCCCAUCAGUUGUUAUUUUACAUUAAUUCUCAUCAGGCUAAACAUCUCUAAGGCGUUCAGUGCAAACAAAAAAAUACUGGAAAAAAACACUAACAACAACAAAAAAAAAAAAGAAAACUCACAGAAAUGGAUUGGAAGAGGUGCCUUUGGAGACGAAAUCAAGAUUUAUUGCUUUUUGGAUUUUUAAUUUUAGUACUAUCUGCAUCUACAGCAAUCUCCACUGCCACUACUACCAUUUCAACCACCUCAUCAACAGCUUCUUCUGUCUCUAAUUUACAAUUGAUACAGGUUACCAUUAAUUUCACCCUGACAAAUCUACAAUAUGUAGCAGACCUUAACAAUGAAAACAACGAGGCACUGAAUAUCACGUCUCAGGUGGAAAAAGUCCUUCAAAACAGCUCUUUGGCUCCAGUCUUUACAAGUUGCCAUUCUGUAUCCUAUAGCCCAGGUCCCAACAACAGUACGAAAGCUGUCAUAAGCUGCUUAUUCAAGAAUGACUUAUCACCACCACCUUUCAAUAGAUAUACCAUCUAUCAGCUGCUUGAUAGCGCAACUCAAACUACAACAAAAUUGGGACCAUAUACAUUGGAGCCAAAAAGUCUUUAUGUGAACAAUUAUGGGGGACCGACAUCUAAAAUUCCAGUAGUCGGCACUUCAACCAGUACAGCAUCUUCAACGGUUAGCACCUCAACCAGUACAGCAUCUUCAAAGAUCAGCACCUCAACCAGUACAGCUUCUUCAACAGUCAGCACCUCCACCAGUACAGCUUCUUCAACGGUCAGCACGGCAUCUACCACAAGUACAAAUCUAAUUCGUGUUACUGUUAACUUCACCUUGACGAAUCUGCCCUUCACAUCAGCAUUGAAUAACAAAAACAACAUUGUAGCAAAAAAUGUUUCAUCUCAGGUUGACCAAAUUCUGAAGAGCAGCAGUUUGGCUCCCGUCUUCUCAUCUUGUCAUUCUUUCAGUUAUAGUGCAGGUCCCCAAAAUGUUACAAAAGCAGUGAUCAGCUGUGGGUUCAAGAAUGACACGUCUCCGCCUCAAUUCAACAAAUACAACAUCUAUGACCUGCUUCAAAAUAAAACCCAAAACGGCACCAACUUGGGACCGUAUACAAUGCAGCCAAACAGCCUCUAUGUGAACAACUAUCAAAAGCAACCUACUGUUACUCCAACGGUCAGUACCUCAACCAGCACAGCUUCUUCAACAGCCAGCACUACCCAGAGUACGGUACCUCCAACAGUCAGCACGUUAUCCAGCGCUUCAGGAAACAAAACUCCAAUACUAUCUGUAUCUACAGCAAUCUCCACUGCCACUACUACCAUUUCAACCACCUCAUCCACAGCUUCUUCUGUCUCUAAUUUACAAUUGAUACAGGUUACCAUUAAUUUCACCCUGACAAAUCUACAAUAUGUAGCCAACCUUAACAAUGAAAACAACGAGGCAUUGAAUAUCACGUCUCAGGUGGAAAAAGUCCUUCAAAACAGCUCUUUGGCUCCAGUCUUUACAAGUUGCCAUUCUGUAUCCUAUAGCCCAGGUCCCAACAACAGUACGAAAGCUGUCAUAAGCUGCUUAUUCAAGAAUGACUUAUCACCACCACCUUUCAAUAGAUAUACCAUCUAUCAGCUGCUUGAUAGCGCAACUCAAAAUACAACAAAAUUGGGACCAUAUACAUUGGAGCCAAAAAGUCUUUAUGUGAACAAUUAUGGGGGACCGACAUCUAAAAUUCCAGUAGUCGGCACUUCAACCAGUACAGCAUCUUCAACGGUUAGCACCUCAACCAGUACAGCAUCUUCAACGAUCAGCACCUCAACCAGUACAGCUUCUUCAACAGUCAGCACCUCCACCAGUACAGCAUCUUCAACAGUCAGCACGGCAUCUACCACAAGUACAAAUCUAACUCGUGUUACUGUUAACUUCACCUUGACGAAUCUGCCCUUCACAUCAGCAUUGAAUAACAAAAACAACAUUGUAGCAAAAAAUGUUUCAUCUCAGGUUGACCAAAUUCUGAAGAGCAGCAGUUUGGCUCCCGUCUUCUCAUCUUGUCAUUCUUUCAGUUAUAGUGCAGGUCCCCAAAACGUUACAAAAGCAGUGAUCAGCUGUGGGUUCAAGAAUGACACGUCUCCGCCUCAAUUCAACAAAUACAACAUCUAUGACCUGCUUCAAAAUAAAACCCAAAACGGCACCAACUUGGGACCGUAUACAAUGCAGCCAAACAGCCUCUAUGUGAACAACUAUCAAAAGCAACCUACUGUUAUUCCAACGGUCAGUACCACAACCAGCACAGCUUCUUCAACAGCCAGCACUACCCAGAGUACGGUACCUCCAACAGUCAGCACGUUAUCCAGCGCUUCAGGAAACACAACUCCAAAACCAAUUUAUCUCACUGUUAACUUCACCUUGACAAAUCUGCCUUUCACAUCAGCAUUAAACAACAAAAACAACAUCAUAGCAAAAAACAUUACAUCACUGGCUAACCAACUUCUUCAGAACAGCACUUUCGCUCCCGUGUUUUCAUCUUGUCAUUCUGUUAGUUACAGUGCAGGUCCCCAAAACGUUACAAAAGCAGUGAUCAGCUGUGGGUUCAAGAAUGACACGUCUCCGCCUCAAUUCAACAAAUACAACAUCUAUGACCUGCUUCAAAAUAAAACCCAAAACGGCACCAACUUGGGACCGUAUACAAUGCAGCCAAACAGCCUCUAUGUGAACAACUAUCAAAAACAACCUACUGUUAUUCCAACGGUCAGUACCACAACCAGCACAGCUUCUUCAACAGCCAGCACUACCCAGAGUACGGUACCUCCAACAGUCAGCACGUUAUCCAGCGCUUCAGGAAACACAACUCCAAAACCAAUUUAUCUCACUGUUAACUUCACCUUGACAAAUCUUCCUUUCACAUCAGCAUUAAACAACAAAAACAACAUCAUAGCAAAAAACAUUACAUCUCUGACAAACCAACUUCUUCAGAACAGCACUUUCGCUCCCGUGUUUUCAUCUUGUCAUUCUGUUAGUUACAGUGCAGGUCCCCAAAACGUUACAAAUGUAGUGAUCAGCUGUGGGUUCAAGAAUGACACGUCUCCGCCUCAAUUCAACAAAUACAACAUCUAUGACCUGCUUCAAAAUAAAACCCAAAAUGGCACCAACUUGGGACCGUAUACAAUGCAGCCAAACAGCCUCUAUGUGAACAACUAUCAAAAACAACCUACUGUUAUUCCAACGGUCAGUACCACAACCAGCACAGCUUCUUCAACAGCCAGCACUACCCUGAGUACGGUACCUCCAACAGUCAGCACGUUAUCCAGCGCUUCAGGAAACACAACUCCAAAACCAAUUUAUCUCACUGUUAACUUCACCUUGACAAAUCUGCCUUUCACAUCAGCAUUAAACAACAAAAACAACAUCAUAGCAAAAAACAUUACAUCUCUGGCUAACCAACUUCUUCAGAACAGCACUUUGGCUCCCGUGUUUUCAUCUUGUCAUUCUGUUAGUUACAGUGCAGGUCCCCAAAACGUUACAAAAGCAGUGAUCAGCUGUGGGUUCAAGAACGACACGUCUCCGACUCAAUUCAACAAAUACAACAUCUAUGACCUGCUUCAAAAUAAAACCCAAAACGGCACCAACUUGGGACCGUAUACAAUGCAGCCAAACAGCCUCUAUGUGAACAACUAUCAAAAACAACCUACUAUUAUUCCAACGGUCAGUACCACAACCAGCACAGCUUCUUCAACAGCCAGCACUACCCAGAGUACGGUACCUCCAACAGUCAGCACGUUAUCCAGCGCUUCAGGAAACACAACUCCAAAACCAAUUUAUCUCACUGUUAACUUCACCUUGACCAAUCUGCCUUUCACAUCAGAAUUAAACAACAAAAACAACAUCAUAGCAAAAAACAUUACAUCUCUGGCUAACCAACUUCUUCAGAACAGCACUUUGGCUCCGUGUUUUCAUCUUGUCAUUCUGUUAGUUACAGUGCAGGUCCCCAAAACGUUACAAAAGCAGUGAUCAGCUGUGGGUUCAAGAACGACACGUCUCCGACUCAAUUCAACAAAUACAACAUCUAUGACCUGCUUCAAAAUAAAACCCAAAACGGCACCAACUUGGG